GGGCGCGACGCCCCGAGGGACAGUCUGGAGUCCGGCUGUCGUUAAGGUGCGGUGGCGAGACCGGCUGGGAAGAUGCCAGUGGCGGUGAUGGCGGAAAGUGCCUUCAGUUUCAAAAAGUUGCUGGAUCAGUGCGAGAACCAGGAGCUCGAGGCUCCUGGAGGAAUUGCUACACCCCCAGUGUACGGUCAGCUUCUAGCUUUAUAUUUGCUCCAUAAUGACAUGGCAAAUUCUGAACUUGGAGGAAUUUGGUCAGUAGGACAAAGAAUCUGGCAGAGAGAUUUCCCUGGGAUCUAUACGACCAUCAGUGCUCACCAGUGGUCUGAGACAGUCCAGCCGAUCAUGGAAGCACUUAGAGAUGCAACAAGGAGACGAGCCUUCGCCCUGGUCUCCCAAGCGUAUACCUCCAUAAUCGCUGAUGAUUUCGCAGCCUUUGUUGGACUUCCUGUUGAAGAGGCUGUGAAAGGUAUAUUAGAACAAGGAUGGCAAGCAGACUCUACCACAAGAAUGGUUCUACCCAGAAAGCCAGUUGCAGGGGCCCUGGAUGUUUCCUUUAACAAGUUUAUUCCCUUAUCAGAGCCUGCCCCAGUGCCCCCAAUCCCCAAUGAACAGCAGUUAGCCAGACUGACCGAUUAUGUGGCUUUCCUUGAAAACUGAUCUAUCACCCUGAGUUCAAGAUCUACCUUCAGAAUCCUGUAUACUGACAAAUGUAGAAAUGUAAAAUUUUUAUUUUCAAUUUAUUGGAUGGAUGAAGCGCCUCAGCAUUCCUUACUGAUUAUGUGAUAAAAUACAUAGAUAAUGUAAAGUAUAUCUAUUUUGUCCUUAAACAUGCUGAAUGGUUGUUGAAACAACUCUCAUUUUGUAAUAUUUAACAAUCUGGAUGGAUGGAGCUUGUCAGUAUUGUGUGGUUAGUUCGUAUUUCCUAGUGGCUUAUAAAAUAAGAUCUAUUCCAUGUAGACCAGUGGUUGUCAACUGUCUUUCCCCUGCCCCAGCAUGUGCCGCACUCCCAGCUGUACCAUUGGUUCACAGUCGUAGUGAUUCAUUUGGAGUUUGAGGAGGACUGUCCCCAGGGGCAAGGUCUGAAUUGCUAGGGAUUAUGAGUCACCCUCUUUGAAGAACAUGCUCUCUUUUCUCCUCGCCUCCUGAGAAUCACUAAUGUAGAAUACGGAAAGAUAGCUGAGGAGCAAAUAGAUCAUUUCCAUAGUAAACCAGUUUGCUAACUUUAGAUUUUUUCAAUAGUGUGAGUACAUCCAUUGCUGGCAGUGGAAGACUUGCCAUGAAAAUGCAACUUAUUUAAGAUAUUCAAGAGAAGUAUUAAGUUGUCGCUCCUUUCAAAAGAAGGGAGAAGUUAAGUGCAGAAUACACUAUAGGGGAAAAGAAGUUAUUAAGACAAGUGAUACUCUUUGUACAAUUACAAGCAGCCUCUUGGUUGCUUAUAUUUAUCCCUUGGUUCAAGUGUUGCCCUUCGGAGAAAUACUAAACAAUUCUUUCAUUCUUUGUGUGAUAGCCUUUGAAUAUUUAAAGUUGUUUGUUGUGUCUGCAGGUUAAAACACCCCUUAGUUCAUUUAUUCUGCAUUUGUUCAAUAAAUAUUUAAGUGAAUUCUUCAACUAUUUCA